ACGGUGGCCAUAUGCCCUAAGUCCUGGACGGCCUAGAACCCUAAAUCUUCUUCUUCCUAGGAAACCCUAGCAGCGGCGGAGGCGGAGGCGGGGGCGCGAUGAGUAAGCUCCAGGCCGAUUCUCUUCGGGAGGCCAUCUCCCAGAUCUUCACGGAAUGCCGGGAGAAGAAGCGCAAAUUCCCCGAGACGAUCGAGCUCCAGAUCGGUCUCAAGAACUACGACCCGCAGAAGGACAAGCGUUUCAGCGGCUCGGUGAAGCUGCCUCACAUUGCGCGGCCCAAGAUGAGAGUGUGCAUGCUCGGUGAUGCGCAGCAUGUAGGCGAGGCCGAGAAGAUCGGUCUGGACUACAUGGAUCUGGAGGGGCUGAAGAAGAUGAACAAGAACAAGAAGCUCGUGAAGAAGCUGGCAAAGAAGUACCACGCUUUCCUGGCUUCUGAGGCGGUGAUCAAGCUCAUCCCUCGGCUGCUCGGCCCGGGCCUCAACAAGGCGGGCAAGUUCCCCACUCUGGUGUCGCACCAGGAGAGCUUGGAGAGCAAGCUGAACGAGACCAAGGCCAUGGUCAAGUUCCAGCUCAAAAAGGUUUUGUGCAUGGGAGUAGCAGUGGGCAACAUCGAGAUGGAGGAGAAGCAGGUCUUCCAGAACGUUCAGCUCAGCGUUAACUUCCUCGUCUCGCUGCUCAAGAAGAACUGGCAGAACGUGAGGGUGCUUUACUUGAAGAGUACAAUGGGCAAGCCAGUUCGUAUCUUCUGAUCGAUCACUCACUUUCUACUGUGCAAGUUUUGUAAUCCCGAAACCAAGAAAUGCGAGAAAGAUGUUUGCAAA